UGCGAGAAGAAACCGUCGCAGGCGAGAGAUUUUUUCAGUAAAUGGUAUUAAACUAACGGCGUUAGAUUGACUGUUACAAAUUCAUUACAGGAGGGAACUCCAAAAUAUUUUGACUAAAUUUUUCAAAAUAGGUUCCGAUUUCACGCUCUUUCAUCUUCCCUCCCACUUCACUUCCCCCAAAUUUAACAAAAGAAAGAGAGAGAGAAUAAAGAAAACCUAGCCCCUGCCUCGCCGUGGAGAUUCACUCACACCACGACGAGCUCAUUUAAUCGCGGCUUCGAUUUCGCUAUCGCUACGCCGCUGGGUUUUGAUGAUUACUACAUCGCGAAGACAUUAACCAUCGAGCGUGGUAAAUUCGAGGAUCAAGCGAACAGCAUCUUUCGGAAAUGGCGAAAGUAGUUGCUCCUGCUGCUUUCAGUAGCUCUCUUCAGAUGGGUGGAGGGUCCAAAGCUGCGCCAAAGGGUAAGAGGAAGACGCCCACUGAACUGAGGGGAGAACAAUUGCAGCGGACUAGUUUUGUGGACCAAGCUAAAGAAUCGUUUGAUGCAUUGCGCCCUUGCAAAAGUACUACUGAGAGAGAAAAUGGCCCCAAGAAACAAGAACUUUUGAAGAAUCCGAAAUACAUAGAGAUGCGUAUGGACGAACUAUAUCCUGUCAAAAAGGCUCGGCCUUGGAUGCUCUCUGGCAAAGAAAACUCUAAGGAAAAUGGUGCGAAAGAGCAAUCCAGCAGUCUGGUCAAUGUUUCUUUCCUCUCAAAUGUCGUUGCCAUGAAAAGACAGCAACUUAUACGUGAGGACAAUAAUGAUUCUACUGAAGUUUCCAAUGGUACUAACGCCGAAGCAAGUCAAACAAUUGAGAGAUGUAGCAAGAGCAUCAUGUAUCGCAGUGUCACGGAACUUUCAACCAGGGGUGAAGAGUUCUCCUGCUUGCCAGAUAUUGAUAUGAACAAAGCACUGAAAGGACUUGCCACUUGUACACCAUUGCCGCUUCAUCCUGGUGACAUAACUGGGAAAACUGAUACUGCGUCAUUACGUGGAAAUUUCAUUUCUGAGUUCCAUGUUCCUGGGCAAAAUAUUCCUCUAGACCUUUCCUUGAAGACUUGUGCUCGACUUGUUUCCUCGUCUCCAUUAAAUUGGUUACAUAGGUCAAUCAUGGGUAGUACCUAUAAUGGUAUGCCACAGCUAAAGCCGCUGUCAUGUGAUGUGGUAAAUCAAAAUAACAGUAGUGGUUCUGGAUCAGCUGUGGUUUCCCAGGUGUUAAAUUCCAUGUCGCUACACUCAUGGAUUUAUCCCCAAUCCACCUUGCCUCCUUUUAUCAUUUCAGCAUUGGUAGCAUCUGGAACAGACAGAGGUGAAGUUGAUUUCCUUCAAAAGCGACAAUCGGCAUGGGAAGAUGCUUUUCGAAGUCUAUAUUUUAUGUUUCGGAAGAAUCUCUGCAAAAUAUUUUAUGUUUGUACUUCACAGUUUGUGGCAAUGUUCACUGAAAGCUGUGAGUCAGGGGGUGUCAAACGCUCAUGCAAUGCCUAUAUCACUCAGUCAACUAGAAGAUUGAGAGCCAUACUAAAAGACCUUGACAUAUGCUACACUAUGCCUCUUUGUAAAACUAAAAUUGAUGAGACCACUGUUGAAGAUCUUGCUGAACUCUCAGAGAUAGAGAAUCAUAAUCUUGGCCAGAUGCAGACUCGUCGUGUGCGGUCCGACUCAAACAUAGAUAAUACUCCAGAAUCUUUCUUGGCUUUUGAUGGAAAUGAGAGCGUUCAUGGAUUGUAUGAUCUGCUGUUAAAUUAUAGAUCUUCUUUGGGAUUUCUUCUCACCGCAGACGUUCCUGUAUUAUAUUCACCUGUACCAUUUCAGAAUGCUGCAGUGUCUUCUCCUGAGAUCAAGUGCACGGAGAUGGUAAGAACAGAGCAUACAAGUUGCUGCAUGGUCGAGAUCAAGGGUGAACAUCUUCCGCCGUGGAUUAUUAGCAAUAUAUGUGCAAAUGUGGGUGCUAAUGGACAAAACUUCGAAGCCAGCUUUGUGACCGAGCCAACCUCUGUUUGCUUAAACAUGGGUCUACCACAAAUCCCUGAGAAAACGGAGCCUGAGUCUCUAGUCAUGGAAGGCACAGGAGAAACAAACGAUGAUGCGUCUGGCAUUCCCGGUGCGGUGAUCUGUCCUCAGCUUCGAUCAGGCCAUCUAAAGAGCUUGAAGUAUUGCAACAAGUCUUACACUGUUUCACUUUCUCCCUCGUGAUCUGUAUUUGCUUUGAAUCCUCUCAUUUUCUAUGUUUUCGUCGUUGUAUGCAUGACCCCAACCAAAAUCAAAUUAUCAACCCAAUGUUAAAUUUUUAUUUUUGCAAUUUGGCUGGACAUAUUCGUAAACAUAUUUGAUGGCAAUGUAUAAGAAAACCGUUGGUUUGAUUGUUGAUUUUAUUUAUCCGUAUUCCAACAUAAGAGAAGUGACUUUGAUAUUGCCUUGAGGA